AUGGCGGUGGCGUCACGACGUCGUGCGAGCUUCCGGGCAGCGACUCCGAUCAAGAUCUGGUUCCAGAACCGACGCACCAAGUGGAAGCGCAAGUACACCAACGACCUGGAGCUUCUGGCGCAGCAAUACUACGCCUCCAUGGGGCUGCUGGCCCCCCGCCCCAUGGUGAUAGGAGACAGACUCUGGCUGUUCAACCCCGCGGUGGGUCACCCCAACCAGCACACCGUCGCCCAGGCGGGCUACAGCACCCCACCUCCACUCGCCCUCUCCUUCCCAGCCCCGGCAGGUGGGGACCGCGGCUUCCUCCUUGGGGAGAGAGCUGCACUCAACCCCCAGCUGCUGCUGGCCGGGGCCUUCCCCCCCAUCGCGGGGACUCAUCCGGGGCUAAGUGGGGCACAUCAAGGGCUCAGUGGUUCUCACUCUGGGUUCAGCGGCACUCAGAGCACACAUGCCGAUAUCAAUGGGACUCAAGCUCUUCUAAGAGGUUCUCAAGUUAUGCCUCCAGAAUUCAGUGGUUCGCAUAGCAACUUUUCAGGACUCAGGGGUUCACAAAGCACACCGUCUGAGCUCAGUGGUGCUCAAAUUGGUUCUCAGGAGACGAUUUCAGAGCUCAAUGGUUCUCAGAGUUCCCAGGGUACUCAGAUGGCAGUUACUCCGAGCGCGAUUGUCAGUGCAACGCGAGUGAACGCCACCAACCUCAGUCCGAAUGUCACAAUACACAGCUUGAGUAAUGCUAAUACAGGUCCGAAUGACGCCCGUGAUCCACUGAAGGUCAGUGGCCAAUUGCAGCUGACUUCCACUGACGUCUGCCGCAUCAGCGGAGACGCUGUACGCGGUGCUGGCAACGCUGAGCCACUGAAUGAGCCCAUACUUUAAGAAGUUUAAAUCCUUUACCCAGUUUUUAAAUCGUAUGUUUCAUUCCAAGGCAUACUCAUUUAUUUUUAGUAAAUUUAAUGUAGAACUCUUCCCUCGAACCAUCGUAGUAAUUUACUCAUCAUUAAGAAAGAAAGUGAAACUCAAACCGAAUGUU